UUUUUGAGUCUGUUCGUUUUUCUCUAUCUCUGUUCCUUAAAAGCAAACUCAUACUUCACGUUCUUCUGUUUCAACUCUCAAUUAACAAACCCAAAACAUGUUUCUCCUUUGAUCUUGUUCUUCUCUAGUACGCCUCAUGCAGUUCCACAACUACGUGUGCUACGAACAUAGGAAACUUGUUUGUGGAGUCGAGAGUUCUUACUUAUCUGCUAAGUCAUGGGUUCAGAAGGUGAUGAUAGCUCUCCCAGUGACUAUGAUUGGAACACUGAUGAUGAGCUUGAGGUGUUUGGAAUACCUCCCUCGGAUCCAACCAUUUCUAGUCAAGAGAGCUGUGAAGAUAGUGUGGGGGAGAGUAGUGCAAGUUGCUCGAGCGCUAAACAUUCCAAGCUGAUUCAUCUCUUCGUGGGAAUGGGAUUUUCCAGAGAGACAGUGAUCAAAGCAAUUGAUGAAAAUGGAAGAGAUAAUGAGGAGGACAUUAUGGAAGCUCUGCUAACACUUACUGCUGAAAAACCCUUAACAGUAGAGAAAGAUGAGGCAUUGUCCGUACUUGUCAAUAUGGGAUACCCUUUUGAGGAGGCUUUGACAGCUAUAGACAAAUGUGGUCCUAAGGCCCAUAUCAGUGAGCUAGCGGAUUUCAUUAGUGCUUCUCAGUUAGAAAAGGGUCUUCACUCACCGCAAGAGUCACCUAACAAUAAACAUGAUGCAUCUGAUUAUACGCAUGAAAAGCCCUGUCAACCAAGUGGUGAAUAUUAUCUUCAUACAAGUAAGAAAGUAAAACUUGGAUUGGGUAUAUUUAAUGAAGCCAGUCAAGUGAUUUCAAGAAAGUUCCCAAGAGAAGUAGCAAAUAAACCAUACUUCUAUUUUGAAAACGUGGCUCUUGCUCCUAAAGGAGUUUGGAAAACUAUAUCACGUUUUCUUUAUGAGAUUGAACCAGAAUAUGUUGAUUCCAAAUACUUUUGUGCUGCAACAAGAAAAAGAGGAUAUAUCCAUAAUCUUCCCACCCACAACCGCUCCCCCCUGCUUCCUAUCCCACCACUAACUAUCCAAGAGGCUUUUCCUACAACUAAAAAAUGGUGGCCUUCAUGGGAUAGAAGAACAAAGCUCAAUUGCCUUCUAACUAGAGUAGCCCCUGGCCCAGUUACAGAGAGAAUAAGGAAACUCCUUGAGAAAUUUGGUGAUGAACCUCCUCUACAUGUCCAAGAAAAUGUACUUGUAGAGAUUAGAAAGUGGAACUUGGUGUGGGUUGGAAAAAACAAAUUGGCACCUCUUGAACCUGAUGAAUAUGAGAUGUUGCUGGGAUUCCCAAGGGAUCACACCAGAGGUGGUGGAGUCACCCGGACAGAGAGAUACAAGUCACUUGGAAAUGCAUUUCAGGUUAAUACAGUUGCCUACCACCUUUCAGUGUUGAAGGGUCGUUUUCCAAAUGGCAUCAAUGUCCUGUCUCUUUUUUCUGGCAUCGGAGGUGCCGAGGUUGCUCUGCAUCGACUUGGGAUGAUGCUUAAAAAUGUGGUAUCUGUGGAAAUAGCUGAGGUGAACAGAAACAUCAUUCGCAGUUGGUGGGAACAGACUAACCAGAGGGGAAACUUAAUUGAGGUUGAAGAUGUACAGAAAGUCUCUUCAAAUGAGCUGAGCCAGUGGAUAACCAAGUUUGGUGGAUUUGACCUCAUCAUUGGAGGCAGCCCCUGCAACAACAUUUCUGGCAGUAAUAGAGUUAGUAGACAUGGACUAGAGGGAGAGCAAUCUUCACUAUUUUACGAAUAUUUUAGGAUUGUUGAGGCAGUAAUGGAAAUACAGAGAGAUGAGCUUCUGUGAAACAAAAAAAAGUACAUCAGUGGAUUUUGUUAAUUCCCAUUUUUGUAUGGAACAACUAAAAAUUAUGUACACAUAAUAGGAGGAGGAGAAUCCAAUAGAUCCAAGAAAUGUAACAAAACAUUUGUAAUUUCGAAUUUAUCUUAUAUUGGUAAUGUUUUUAUGUUCUUUUUGUCA